AUGUUCUAUAAUAAUGAAAGAAAGAUCAAAAUGCGCAUUAGAGAAAAAGAAAGGCAAAUUGAACAACUCAAUGAGAUUAAAGCACAAAAUUGUGUUUUAUUUGAAGAAUCGAUUAAGCAGUUUAAAGAUUAUCAGCAACGAAUUCAAAAUUUGAAUAACGAGAUAAAAUCCAAAGAUAUAUCAUCUGUUGAUGAAAAUUACUUGGAUAUAGAAUUAGAAAACAAGAUAAAAGAUAUUAUUGGAAAAGUUGAUGAAAAAUUUAAGCAAAGCAAGAAUCCAGCUGAAGAAAAAGAUCAAAUUGUAAAUCAAUUGAAGAAAGAUCCUAAAAAUGAAUCCAUUGUUGCAGUAUUCGAAGCAGUUGAUGAAUCAUCAACUCAACUUAUUGAAAAUAUAAAUGAACUCCAAGAAAAACUCUUUAGAUCUCAUAGUAUUGACUAUGAUGCCCGAUUUGAAAUUCUUCAAAGUAAAGAUCGUGAAGUUAAAAACUCAGAUUUAACAAAUGAAGAAAUCAAGGUUGAACCAUCUCAAUUUCAAUCAGAAGGAAAUGCAUUAAAAUCAAUAAUUGAGCAUAAAGAUCAAGAAAUUCAAGAACUUAUGAAAACAAAUGCACAACUAGUUAAAACUAUCGAGAUACUUAAGAAGCAAAUUUCUGGAAAAAUCGAGCCAACAUCGAAUGAAAGAAUUUUAGAUCUCGAACAAAGACUAACAAAUGAAAUUAAAGAAAAUGAAUUGCUCAAAGCUGAAAACAAUCAAUUAUCUGAGGCUAAUAAAAAAUACAAAGCAGAAUUGCGGAAGAUGUCAAUAGAGCAAAGUCAAUUGAAUGCUGCAAAUAAUAAUGAAAUUAUGGAAUUCACAGAACAAAUUUUCGAUCUCAAGCAAAGAUUAGAAAGAAAACAGCAAAAGAAGAAAAUUCUUAAAUUUAAAAUCAAUCAAUUGUCUGAAGAUAUUAAAAAUUCCAAGGCAGAAUUGAUAAAAGUUUCAAAUGAAAAUCGUGAAUUGAUAAAAAUUAUUUCUGCAAGCAAUAAUGAAUUUAAGAAAUCCAAUGAAGAUAAACUCAACUUAUCAUUAAAUAGUAUCACAACCAGUACUUUGGAACAACUUUCAAAUCAAAAGAUGAGCUUAGGUGGGAAAAUUAAAUUAUUUUUAUUUACAUAA